AUAGCAGCGGCUGCGCUCCUGUUGCUCCGAGCACACAGAGAGGACUUUCGUUAAAUCGGUGCCAGUGCUCGCGCUGUUUGGUUGCAAAGUCGCGCGCUGGACGCUGCGAAAGAUGAGACUUGAAACAGUUUUUAAACUUCUUCCGUGCGUUUUGUUUUUACUCCCUAACGUAAUGCACGCACAAACAGAGCUCCCUCCUGAGUGUGCACCGGGCGGCCACUCCAUCCUCCAGGACCCCUACCGCAGCACCACCUUCAGCUCCAGCUGGCUGCAGCAGUCGGCCCUGCAGGACUUUAUCUGCGACCACUCCCUCACUCCAGGAUGGUACCAGUUUCAGAUCUUUGACAAGCCGGCCAGCAUGCCCACCGAGUGUGUGGAGGUGAACCACUGUGGGACUCAGGCUCCUGUGUGGCUGUCCCUGGCCGAGGGUGAGUCCCUGCCGGGGCUGCUGGAGGUGAGGCAGCUGACUGCCUGCGCUGCCUGGCAGCUCUUCCCGGGCACCAGCAAAGACUGCUGCAUGUUCCGCAUCCCGGUCACCAUCCGCAACUGUGGAGACUUCAAUGUUUACCUGCUCCAGCCUACGCAGGGAUGCAUGGCAUACUGCGCUCAGGAGAUGUCGGACACUUCACCCACAACGUCGCUGAGUUGCGGCCCCGACGAGGUGACCGUCGAUGGAACAUGUCAAACUGAGCAGCCUCCCACUCCAACGGCACCAGUGAUUGUCUCAGAGGUGACAGGAAAGUCCGUCUACCUGAAGUGCAGCUUUGGGAGCAGCUCCAACAGCUCCCUGGGUUACGUGGUGGCCUGGUCCCGCCUCUCACCUGAGGGCAGGAAGGAGGAGCUCAAACAGGAGACCACCAUCCAGACCGCCGCCUUUAUCGAGCUGGACGGCUUCAACCUCCGUCUGGGGGACAAGAUUUACUGCUCCAGCUCCAGUUUCUUCUUGGACUCGCCCGACAUCCGUGGUGCUUCAGUGGAAAGUCCGGAGUUCUUUGCUGGGAUUAUGCUAAGACCAGAGGUGAGCAGUGUGUCUGAGGACGGGAGGCUGUAUGAGCUGGUGGUUGAGAGCACAGUUCCUGUCCCGUGUCUGGAAGAGUCCUCCUCCUCCACAGAGCAGUGCACUCUGUCUCUGCAGCUCAGCACAAGCAGUGAAGAUGAGGGCUUGUUGGGUGCAGAUCUGUCUCUGUCCUCCUGUGUGGUGGAUCUGUCCCGGGGCCCCUGUAGGGACGGGGUUUGUAGCCGAGCUCUGAUCCACUUCAGCCCAGUCACUGACUUUCACAAAGAUGGCAACAGGACAACUCAGAUCUCUGUUAAAUCCAUCGUCACACAGAAUUUUCUCUGGAACGGAUACUCACCAGAACCAGUUGAGAUAACAGUGAAGGAAGUCCCCUCAGCCUACUGCUACUCCUUCACUGAUCCUCACAUGAUCACAUUUGAUGGCAGGCACUAUGAGAACUACCAAGUUGGCACCUUUGUUCUCUACAAGAGCAUUUUGAGGCCGUUUGAGGUCCAUGUUCGUCAGUGGGAGUGCGGCAGCGUGGUGCACGCCGCCUCGUGUGUGUGCGGCUUCGUGGUGAGGGACGCCGGCAAUGUCAUCGCUUUUGACAUGUGCAACGGAGAAAUGGGUGAAACCAAACCUCACCUGUUUGUGAAGAACAGAGACCUGACCAAGAGCGGCAUUCGCAUCACAGAGUCCUACCAGGGACGCAAAGUCACGAUUACUUUGUCGUCGGGAGCGUUUGUUCGAGCCGACGUCUCUGACUGGGGAAUGAGUCUGACGCUGAGAGCUCCCAGUUCAGACCGGAGCCACACCGAGGGCCUGUGUGGGACCUUCGACGGACAGUCGUCCAACGACCUCCACUCAGCAGGGGGCGCCACACUGGACCAUCUGCACGCUUUUAUCUCUGAAUGGAGGCUCCCUCCAGGCAGCAGCCUGUUUGACACCGUGCCAUCCCACCUGAGUACACUGAGCCCCCGCAAGUACUGUAACUGUCAGGCAGGGCCCCGCCUCACAUCUCCCAGAGCCCGAUCUAGACCGGUUCCCUCCUCCGACUCCAUCUGCUCUCAUCAUGGCAACGUGCACCUCCCCAGUGUCAUCCCUACUCUGGACGUCACAGCCGAGUACAUCGGCUCGGUGGAGCUACUCAAAGGUGAAGGAAAUGACAGACAGCCGCUGCCUGCAGGUCACUCCGGCCAAAACUCCCAGGAUCGAGGUAGUGACGCUCGGGCGCGUGAAAGAAGCUUCUCCUUGAGAGCCUCCAGGGAUGGAGCUUCAACCUCAGCUCAGCACCAGCGACGCAGAGGCAGGCGGCAGUCCCACCGUUACAUUUCUAACUCUCCACACCAAAGCCUCAGCCAGUCUGAUCUGGAGGGGUUUUCCUACUUUUUCCCAGAGGACCACGAAGCACCAGUUCCACCAGACUCUUCCCUAACGUGGCCCACACCUUCUGGCAUGACCGAGCAGCAGGCCAGGACUCAGUGUCAGCAGGCUGUGGCAGGCUCCAGCAUAGCGCUGGGAUGCAGCCGCCUGUUAGAAGAGUCAAUAAUUAGCCGCGUGGAAGCUAUGUGUGUUAGCGACCUGCAACUGAAGGAUGAGCAGUCAUGGCUGAAUGCAACUUUACCGCUGCUGGAAAAUGAGUGUGAGAGGAGGCUAAUUGAGGAGAGGAGGAGAGAAGAAGAGUACAAGGAUGUUCUGGAUGUCCUCAAGUGUCCCAAUCUGUGCAACGGCAAUGGCCAGUGCUCAGAGUGGGGUUGUGUCUGCUUCCCAGGAUUUGGGUCAUAUGACUGCAGUUUGCUGUCUGACCAGAUCCCAGAGAUCACUGAGCUGGAGAAGGAGGGUCUGUGUGACGUCCGACAGGGAGGCUGCUCCACCGUCAAGGUCUACGGUCAAGGCUUCAAGGACUACUACGAGCUCAAGUGUGAGUUUGUUAAAGAAAAGUUUGAGGAUUGGGAGUGGGUUCUGGACGAUCCCCAGUUUGUCCUGGCCAUGUUUCUGGAUGCGACGGCUCUGGAGUGCCAGCUCCCCCUGGAGGACAGCCGGGCUCCUGCAGAGCUGGACCUGGCAACAGUGACAAACAGACCACUGGCCCGCUGGCAGAUUAAAGUAUCCAAUGAUGGCUACAGCUACAGUAACGCCAAGAUACUGACUCUGUAUGACGGAGCCUGCCAGAUCUGCAGCCUCAACACUGAGGUCCUCUGUACCCUGAGGGAGAAAACCUGCAACAUUGACGGCCUAUGUUACAGGGAGGGGGAGUCCAAUCCCAGCAGCCCUUGCCUCACAUGUCGCCCGGACUCGUCCAAACACACAUGGUCCAUAGCAGAGAAGAACGAGCCCCCGGUGCUCCAGUCGUUGCCGUUUCAUCUCCGAUCCUACCAGGGGGAGGAUUUCAUCUACCAGCUACAGGCUCGGGACCCCGAGGGCUCAGCGGUGCUCUUCACCCUGGAAUCAGGUCCUGAAGGGGCAUCUCUGUCUCCGGCCGGCCUGCUGAUGUGGAAGACUGAAACUACAGACACACACACUUUCCGGUUUACUGUGACGGACGACUGUAACGCUGAGACCAGAGCCUCCAUACAGGUGUCUGUGCGUUCCUGUGAAUGUCUGAAUGGAGCUUCCUGUGUGACCAACAUCAACCUCCCUGCCGGCAGCGGGGAAUACCUGUGUGUCUGUCUCAAUGGAUUUAAAGGAGAAAGGUGUGAGGUGGACAUUGAUGACUGUAAACCUAACCCUUGCAGACUGGGUCGCUGCAUUGACGGCCCCAACUCCUUCUCCUGUAUCUGUCCACCUGGAAUGACAGGCCGCACAUGUAGAGAAGAUAUAGAUGAGUGCAUCUCGCAGCCUUGCUUUCCUGGAGUGGGCUGUAACAACAGGCUGGGCUCUUUCAUCUGCGGAGUCUGUCCACAAGAAUACAACGGUGACGGGAAAAUGUGCACGCGAAAUCAAGAGUCUCCGGUCAAAGCAGUGACCACACCAGAAAGAGUACAGCAGGUUUCAUUGAGGCCCAAACCCGCGGGCCCAUCGCCGUGCUCCAGGAGGCCGUGUCACCCGGGCGUCCAGUGUUUCCAAAGCAGCCACGUCUCAGCUGGCUUCGUCUGUGGACCGUGUCCUGCCGGUCUCUACGGAAACGGGCGGACUUGCACAGCAACAGGUCAGGGGAAAAUCACCACUGGAGCAGAUGAUCAUAUUCAUAUCAUUAAAUCAAAUUCCAGCAAGGAAAUGACUCCCACCUCCUCCUCCUCCUCCUCCUCUUCAUCGUCUCCCACCUCACCCAGACGAACCCACACUAUUGACAGAAAGACCACAGCGACGCCGCAGAAUCAAAUGGCCACCAGAGUGUUCGCCCCCACCGUGCACAGAGGUCAACCCAGCUGGGUAGAGCUGAACCCCGACCUUACCACCGGGGUCAAAUGGGGGUCACCAUAUCUCCAUGUGACCUGUGCUGACUCUCCCUGCUUCUCCGGUGUUCCCUGUGAGCCCACCGUCACCGGCUCCUUCAAGUGUGGACGUUGCCCGUACGGCUACACCGGAGAUGGAGUCACAUGUAAAGCCGUGUGCAGGUAUCAGUGUGGCAGGAACAUGGAGUGCACUCUGCCCAACACCUGCACCUGCCAGGAAGGCUACACCGGAUACAACUGUCAUAUUGCCGUGUGUCGACCUGACUGCAAGAACCAGGGGAAAUGUGUGAGACCUAAUGUGUGUGAAUGUCCCGCGGGUUACAGCGGGCCCACCUGUGAGGAAGCGAGCUGUGAGCCGCCUUGUCAACAUGGAGGCACCUGUCUGGCCAGAAACCUGUGUACCUGCCCCUACGGCUUCGUGGGACCCAAAUGUGAAAUCAUGGUGUGUAACAGGCACUGUGAAAAUGGAGGCGAGUGUGUUUCUCCUGAUGUCUGCAAAUGCAAACCUGGCUGGUAUGGACCCACAUGUAACUCAGCUCUCUGUAACCCCGUCUGUUUGAAUGGAGGAACAUGCAUUAAGCCAAACAUCUGUGCCUGUCCCAGUGGCUUCUAUGGCUCCCAGUGUCAAAUUGCCGUAUGCAGUCCACCUUGUAAGAAUGGAGGUCAGUGUAUGAGGAACAAUGUGUGCUCCUGUCUUGAAGGCUACACGGGAAAAAGGUGUCAAAAGAGUGUAUGUGAGCCGAUGUGCAUGAACAAAGGUAAGUGUGUGGGACCGAACACAUGCUCCUGUGCGUCAGGAUGGAGAGGGAAGAGGUGCAACAUACCCGUCUGCCUGCAAAAGUGUAAAAAUGGUGGCGAGUGUUUGGGACCAAACACCUGCCACUGUCCCACCGGCUGGGAAGGUCUUCAGUGUCAAACACCGGUCUGUAAACAGCGGUGCCUGAACGGAGGGAGGUGUGUCCUUCCUGACUACUGCCACUGUCGGAAAGGCUACAAGGGCCUCACCUGCGCACUUAAGGCGUCGCAAGCAUGAUGGAGAAGAAAAGAGAAACGGGAUGAACGAAGCUUCGAAGUGCACAAAGCAAGGAGAGAGCAUCAUGGACUGUGUGUGUGUGUGUGCGGUGCUCUGUGCACAUUUGAAGGCUAACAGGGGGACAUGAUGUAUUGCACUUGUCUGCUCUGUAUAUCACUACCUCAAGGCUCACAGUCACACACAUCUGUUACAUGCAUCAGCAGAGGCUUUCCACAGAUGUGUGCGUGUUACUGCACAGUGUUGUGUAAAAUACGUAAAUGACAAAUGAUGUUUCAGUGAUUAUUCAUUCAUACGCUGUAGGUCAUUGCCAGCAAGCUUUUAGCCAAUUUAGCCAAAUUAAAUCUUUGUUUGUUUCUCACUUCUGAGAAACAUAAAUGCAAGUCUGCUUUAUUGAUUAAGCCUAAUUUAGAUGGUACACACCAGUAACUUGUUUAACUGAAGAUUUGAAUGUGUUGCCACUUUAUUGCUUUUAUUAAUAUAUUGUUUGAUUGGGUAAAGUAAUGACCACCUUUUAGAGUUAUAU